GUGAAAUAAUAAAUUAUUUGUCAAAAUCUGUAUUAAAUAAAUUUUAUUUUUUUAUAAUCGUUUAAAAUAAGUGCAAUGGAAGAUAUAUUUUCAUAAAAAAAUUAAAGAAGUCACAAAAAUGUCGGAUUUGUUCCCGCGUGUUUCCUUCCCGCGCACGUCUUGCUAGGUGGAAGUUGGUCAUGGUCGUCCGCCAAACGGAAAGCCGCCAUGAUGGCUUUCUGUAAAGUACGCUCAAUAUGCAAAGUUUCGUUUAUGUUUUUCAUUAAUUGUGACUGAGUGCGUGCAAAAAUUAACCAUGGGAACGAACUAGAGUGUGCAAAGUGCAGUUUAAGGUCCUUUGGGACCUCCUGGAGGAGCUAUAAAGUGUUUUAUAAGUGCAUUUGUGUGUCGACGCUAGCGUGUUUUGUUCUGUCAACAAAAUGUCGAAGCUCUCGUUUAGGGCGAGGGCCCUGGAUGCAUCGAAACCAAUGCCCAUAUAUCUCGCCGAGGAGCUUCCGGAUUUACCGGACUACUCGGCGAUUAACCGUGCUGUACCUCAGAUGCCCUCUGGUAUGGAAAAAGAGGAGGAAAGUGAACACCACCUCCAGAGGGCUAUAUCAGGCACGGGGCUCAUCAUACCAACGCCGGAAGUAUGCCAGGUGUCCGACGUGGAGUUCUACGAGCGAUGCUACCCGCCCGACUACAAGAUGCCCAAACAGCAUAUACACAUGCAGCCGCUAUGGGAGGAACAAGAGACGCCGGAGUACGACAUCGACACGGAGGACGAGCGGUGGCUGAAGCAGCAGAGGCGUCCAGAGCUUACAGAGCUAAAAUUCGAGCAGAUGAUGGACAAGCUGGAGAAGAGCUCGGGGCAGACGGUGGUGACCCUGAACGAGGCCAAGCUGCUGCUGGAGCGGCACGACGACCUCGUCAUCGCCGUCUACGACUACUGGCUGAACAAGCGCCUCAACACUGGCUCUCGGGUACAAAAGGACUGCGUGCUCACAAACGCUCAGUACGGAGGGACGGUGGCGGUCAAGAGUGCAGGUCCGCGAAGGAAACUAGCGGCCGUCUUCGACAAACGAGCGAGGAGCCCUGUUGGACUGCCCACCGCUGGGCACAAUAAUAGGAAUGUCCUAUUGCAGCAACACCCGCUGAUACUGUCGGUGAAGACGGAGAGCCGGCCGGGCCAGUCGUCCAACAACCCGUACCUCGCGUUCCGCCGGCGGACGGAGAAGAUGCAGACCAGGAAAAACAGGAAAAAUGACGAAAGCUCGUACGAGAAGAUGCUCAAACUGAGAAGGGAUCUCGCCCGAGCGCUGUCGCUGUUGGAACUGGUGGCGAGGAGGGAAAGGGCGAAGCGGGAGCUGGUCAAACUGACAGCUUUACUGGCAGAGAGGCGAUAUGUAGCCGGGGACUUCGCUAGUCAACUGCUGCCUGACCCACCACCUCGCCCCCAGUACACAGCAGUGCCGCUGACGUCAGCGAGUUUCCGACGCGACUACACCGUGCAGCACUACCCACCGAGGGCUCCCCCCACCCCCGUCGAUCAGCCCCGACAGCGAGAGAAGCGUCCGUACAAGAGACGGAAGCACCGCCACCACCAACCCACUGCACACCCUCACAGAGAUUCAGGAGUGUGUACAUCGUCGGAAGAGGAAGCGGCGCCGCCAGACGACGGGCCCUUCGCCUUCCGACGGAAACCUGGCUGUUAUUACGAGCUGCCCACGUCGACUCUGUACGGUGAACCCGUGGACCCGGAAAACCCUUCUAAAAACGGAAUGUUUGAACACGAAAUGGACGAGAGGACAAGGUUCACAUUAACAUCAAUCAACCACCCCUACCCCCGAUGCAUAGGAUUCGCGAGAAGAAGAAUAGGUCGGGGCGGGAGGGUGAUUCUGGAUCGAAUAGCGACCCCUCUCGAUGACCUAUGGCCCAACCUCCCCUUCAGACAUGCAAACAGUUCAGUGGACAGAGCGCGACGGGAUGAAGAGGUGGAACUAGAAACAAAACCACAUCGGACGCCGAAGGAAAUGACGAGAGAUUACCACACGGGCGGAAAAUACCCCUGGCGGCACGCUUUCCGAAAACACCUCGCCAAGAACCCCCACCUGUGGACCGACCCCGUCAAAACGGACGCCGACGACCUCAGGCUCGACCUCGACGUCAAAUUCGACGUCAACGACGUCAAAAUCGACGUCGACGACAUCAAAAUCGACGUGGACGACGUCAAACUUGACGUUGAUGAUAUCAAACUCGACGUCGACUUGACAUCGUCAAAUUUGGACAAUGCAGAUGCUAAAAUAGAAAUGGAUGUUGAUAAAGUGUUACCGGACAGUGAUAGUGUGUUAGCUAGUGUUAGUGAUAGUGAUAAAGUGCGGACUAUAGACAGCGUGGUGAGAGGGAACCUGGAGAGGGUGAUGAGGAAGAGGUCCUGGAGUGAGUGCAGUGAUAGCAGUUAUGACUCCGAUGAGAGCUUGCAGCCUGUUGAGAGGCAGUUUGAGGAGUUUAUCAAUGAAGUCAAUAAGAAAUGGUUACACUUCCGACCAAAAACGCCGCCGCCCUCGCCACCGUACAUCGACAGACCAGCAGACAAUCAGUUUCCCAUCGCGCUAGACACGCCCAUAUCCGUCGAGCUGACAUCCGGCCCGCCGUCCGGAGCAUUGGACACCUUCACCACUAGCGAGUUCACCCUCGGAGACCUGUAUGGGGACAUUAACCCUGAGAUCGACAACAGUGGAAGCCUGGAUAUAAGCGGAGAAGAUCUAUUAACGGAGAACUUCACUGGAUUAACGGAAGCCCAAGUCGAGAGCAUACUAUCUGAGACCGACUUGAAGGCGUUAACGGAUGAUAAGAAGAUCGCAAUAACGGAUGAUUUGUUAGAGGAAUUAGUCAAGGACGUGGAUACUAAGGAUCCUUUUUUAUUGCACGGCCAGAGUUCGGGCGGGCGUGCCGACUCUGGUCGCAGGCGGCGAGCGGACGCGUUCGGCUCCAGUGCGGUCACCGUGUCCGCGCCGGGCGUCGAACCCGUGUACCUCGAGACGCUGGCCGCGCCGCCCAGCGAAACGCCCAAGCCGGCUAAACCGCCCAAGGAGGUGGAGAAAUGCCCGGUACCUACUUCGAAGAUAAUCGUGGAGGAGGUGAACGAAGUGCCGCAGAUGAAGGUGGAGAGGAAGCGGCCGGAGGACACGCCGGAGGAGGUCAAGGUGACGCGAGGAGUGACCCUCAAGACUGUACAGACCAAGCACUCGCCGCUCAAAAAGCACAUAAUAACGUCGGCGGCGCACCGGCGCGGCGCUGACGUCACGGUGGUGACGUCAGACGCUCAGCAGCCGCAGAUCGUCACCGUCGCCGUCUCCGAGAGCCUCAAGGUUCGACUGCAGAACCAAAGUGUGACGGGAGCGUGCUCAAGCGCCGGUACGGUGGUCGGCCUGCUGCAGAACGGCCCGUUUACAGCGGUCGCGUUACCCGUCCAUAAUGCUCAGCAUAGAGAAAUCGGUUCAACGACGGUAGCGAGCGUGGCCAACGUCGUAACAGCGGGCACGGGCAAACCGACCAACGUGACCAACGUCUCCAUAGCCAACGCGACCCGCCGAGUAUCCGCCCCGUUGGUCCAACUAGCGCCAGCGUCGUUGGGCCACAAGCCGUUACAGCUCCACCACCACCCAUCAGUGGUGGUAACCCCACAGAUGCACCACGUUACGCCGAGCAAGCUGAAAGUGCUACACGCUCAUCCCUUGACGCAUACCCAACGGACGCAGCUGUUGGCUCAGAACCGCUCGUUGGCUCAGUUGCCAGCGGUGGUGUCGUUGGCAGCGUUGGGUGACGCGAAGCCACCCGCAGCAGCAUUGCUGAAGGCCGCCCCGGGUUCCGUGGCGCAAUUCUUCGAGAUCAAAGGCGGACAACUCGGCAAAGGUCCUCACUUAGUCAACGUCCUACGCCAACCGCCUCCAGUCAAAGCGAAUGUCGCGUUCAACGACGCUAAGAAAAGACAAGUCGUAUUUGAUGGAACUCUGAAGGGGAACGUAGCUACCACGACUAGACCUCACCGAGUGUCCCUGAGCGUGGACGGGAGGCAGAUCGUACGAGCCGCGUUGCCUGCUGUUAGAGCGCCUCAUGUUAGGCAUCAAAUACAGUUAAAAAAUCGCACCCUACAAGUGUCAGCACCCAUCGCGCGAUCGUCCUCCGAGCCCUCAACCAGUAUAACCAUCGCGCCGACGAAGACCGCCUCCAUACCGAGCUCAGUUGUCGCCAAUCUUCUGCAGAAGAAUGUCCAACUACCCGCAGGACAGAAGAUAGCCAUCUCGGGCAGCGCGCAGGCUCUGUCAGCUAAUGUGCAAGCUAUAGCAUUUACCACUGCGCAGCUACGAGCUAGGCAGGGUCGGUUAGUCGCACAGCCACGUCCCGCGCCCAGCAGCGAAAUCGUCGAAGCGUCCACCGCGCCCACCACGUCGUCCAACGCCGCGAACAUGAGCGCAGACAGUGCGGCAGAUGGUGAUGAGGCGGCGACCAACGGCGUGCGCAGGCGCGCCACCGACACGCUGCCGAUGGAGGUCACGUGACAACCGGGCCUCCAACCCAGCACCCCUAGUGUCAGUGGAGAGUGUAGUGUUGCACGCGAGUGUAGUGUCCAAGCACCAACUGUAAACUGUGUGGGCCAUACAAGAGUCAUUGCGAGAAAAAGUGAUUUGCGUACCGUUAACAAGUUCAAGAGAUGUAGAGAAGACUUGGCAAGAACAGGUGUAUUUCGUACCAUAAACAACAAAUUCAAGAGAUGUAGAGAAGAAUUGGCAAGAACAGGUAUAUUUCAUACCAUAAACAACAAACUCCAGGAGCCUGGAGACAAAUCAUCAAGAAAAAAUGUAUUUCGUACCAUAAGCAACAAAUACCAGGAGCCUGGAGACAAAUCGUCAAGAAAAAAUGUAUUUCGUACCCUCAUUACCAGUGGAGAGUGUAGUGUACUAGCACCAACUGUAAACUGUGUGGGCCAUACCGGAGUCAUUGUGAGAAAAAGUGAUUUGAGU